CGCGGGCGGAGGGGCGGCGCACCCCUGCCCGCGGGCGCUCGGCGGCGGGCGGCGCCGCUCUGGCCCUCGCGCUCCAGGGCGCUCCGCGAGGCCGGCCCCACUCCCUCCCCGCGCGCCCUACGCCCAGCCCGCCAGGCCCCAGGCCCAGGCCGUGCGGCCGCACUCACCGCCUCGCUCCGCGCCUGCGCCGCACACCUCAAGGGCCCGCCGAGAGGGCGGGGAGGUGACGAGCGGUGAAAACCUUGCAGCGGUCCUGGGAAGAAAGCCGUUUUGCCCGCCCGUACCAGUGCCUUCGUUCUGCUGGCGUGGUGCUCUGGCAGCAAGGGACUGUUGAUUUGCGCUGGCAGCUGGACAUCAGCUCUUGGUUGGCUAAGAUGACUCCUCUGCGAACCAACUCCUAACAAAGAGGUUACAACUCAGGUGAAAGGAGUCCAUUUUGCCUAGCCCCCUGGUCUCAUGAAGCCGUUCAGCAUCCCCGUUCAAAUUACCCUCCAGGAUGGCCGGAGACGCCAGGGGAGGACAGCCUUUUCUACCUCAGGGAAGAGAAACAUAGACCACAGUGAUGGAGACCCACCAUAUGUGCACAAGAAGCUGCCAUCCAAUGCUGGAAAGGACCGAGCCAUGCUGCUAGGGUUUGCAAUGAUGGCCUUCUCUGUCCUAAUGUUUUUCUUGCUUGGAGUAACCAUCCUAAAGCCCUUCAUGCUCAGCACUCAGAGAGAAGCAGCGAACUGCACCAUCAUCCACACACACAUCACGGACUGGAUGGACUGCGCUUUCAGCUGUGGGGCGGACUGCCGCGGUCAGGGCAAGUACCCGUGUCUGCAGGUGCUUGUGAACCUCACCCAUUCAGGGCAGAAAGCUCUCCUACAUUAUAACGAAGUGGCUGUCCAGACAAAUUCCAAGUGCUUCUACACACCUGAGUGCCACCAAGAUAGAAAAGAUUUGCUCAACAGUGCUCUGGGCAUAAAGGAAUUCUUCGAUCUCAAAAACGGGACCCCCUUUUCAUGCUUCUACAGUCCAGACAGCCAGUCUGAAGAUGUUAUUCUCAUUAAAAAGUAUGACCGAAUGGUUAUCUUCCAUUUUUGGCCGUCACUGACUCUGGUAGGUGGUGCCCUGAUAGUUGGCGUGGUGCGAUUAACACAGCACCUGUCCCUACUGUGUGAAAAAUACAGCGGCAGAGACGAGGUAAGUGGCAAAGUACCUUACAUGGCCCGGCACCAGCUCUAACUGUGGGGUGUGGGGAGGAGCAAAGGAAGGAGCAGGUAAUCUUAAGAUGGUGGCCAUAUUCAAGUCCUGACCUUCAGAUAACCUGCCAUUUCUGCUCUUGAGGACCUAAUUAUGCCUACUUGCAAACUAACCAUGUAGAGGCAAAGUUAAGUAUGAAUAUUUCAUGGGCAGAAGAAAAUUUGUAGUCUCAUUAUGCAUUCAUUCUAUUUAUUUUAUAAAUACAUAAAAAUUCACCAUCAUUUCUACUCCAAAUCUCUCCACAUGAGCCAAGGAAGCACUUUUUGUUUCCAUGUGGCAAAAUGAGCUCAAGGUCUUUGUGCUUCAUCUGCUAUCAACUCACACUGCAGAACUAGUUAUAUCUGACUUGUCACUGUGGAAGUAGAUGAGGAGGGUUUCUAACCUGGUGAGCGCUGAACGGCCAAUCGAGUUCUAUGCAAUAGAGUUCACAUUAAAACAUUUCUCAAAAAAUUCUUAGUGAAGAACAGUUCACUACUCACUAUAGGAAGAUAAUAAUCUGAUAAUUUCAGAAAACAUGGACCUACUAUUUUACUUCACCAUGAGAAAAGAGAGAAGCCGCUGCCUGUAAAAUUCACUAAGCUUAGCAUUAUUUGUACUUAACCUUGCCAUGGACCAUGUAAUUUUUCUUUCAGCAACAUUUUUUCCAGUUGAUUAUGCUUUCCGUAAGCUCAUUUUGUUGUGUACAUGCUGGAGGGAGCAGGAGAGAUGGCUAGAAAUGUGUUGUGAAGCAGGGAGAAGCUACACUGGAUGGAAUUUAACAUUCAUUUCAGAUAACCCGCAUCACAGAAAAGUCCCACAUCGAUAGUCAACAACUGUCCGUACUUUAAUUAAUGAAUCAACCACGAUUAUUAAAUAAUGAAUGUCACAAAACUCUCCCAACAAGUGCUUUCCAGAUUAAGCUGAAUAUACGAGUUGGAAACAGAGUUCAUUCUGAAAACCAUUGUACCUCAAAGUAGCUUUACAAUUUUACUAAGAAAUCUUAUAGCAAGGGCAACAGAAAGAAUGACUUUUGAAGCAACCUUUAUAUGUAGAUGUUAUCAAAACAGAAACUUUGACUCUAAGCCAAUUUAAUGCCUUUUAGCAAAUAAUUGUAAGUCACACAUUAUUAAAUAAAAUGAAUAAUUAAAUAAAGCAAUACUGACUUGACCAGCAGUGAACAAUUUUGUAUUUUCUCUUCUUUCUAGUGAGGAAUAGUGGAGAGAACAUGUGUCUUAAAGUAGGAUUUUUUCGAGAUUUUUUAAUAAUUACAACUUCUCAGAUAUGUGUCCUUGGGUAAUUCAGCUGAAUUGUUUGAGCCUCUCUUCUCAACAAUAAAUAGGGAUAAGCUCUUCUUUCACGGGGUUAUUUUAAAGGAAGAAACAAGGUAGGAUAUGUGGAACACCUAGCUUAAUUUCUGGUACCUAGUGGAGGUGCAUAAAAAUGUUAGUAGAUGAAAAAAACUUCUGCUAAGUUUUCAAUUUUCAGUCAGCCUUCUCCCUCUUCUGGGGAUGUACCCUAAAGAAAUGAAAUCAGUACCUCCAAGAAAUACCUGCUUUCCAUGUUCACUGCAGCACUAUUCACAAUAGCCAAGGUAUAGAAACAAUCUAAGUAUCCAUCGACAGAUGAAUAAAGAAAUCGUGAUUAUAUAUAUAAAAUGUGUAUACAUAUAUGGAAUAUUUUUCAGCCUUAAAAAAAUGAGAUCCUGCCAUUUGCAACAACAUGGAUGCACCUGGAGGUCACUGUGCUAAGUAAAAUAAUCCAGACACAUAAAGGAAAGAACUGCAUUUCACUUAUACAUGGAAUCUAAAAAUGUUGAAUACAUAGCAGAGUGCAGAAUGCUAGUUACCUGGGGUGGGGGAGGGGAGCUGGGGAGAUGUUGGUUAAUGGGUACAGACUUUGUUAUAAGAUGAAUAAAUCUUCAGAUCUAAUGUACAGCAUAAUGACUAUAGUUAAUACUGUAUUGAAUACUGGAAACGUACUAAGAGAAUAGAUUGUAGGUGCUUGCAUCACACACACACACACACACAAGGUAACUGUGUGAGGAGAUUAUGUGUUAAUUAGCUUGACUGCAGUAAACAUUUCACCGUGUGUAUGUCUAUCAAAUCAUCAUGUUGUAAAUCUUAAGUAUAUACAAUUCUUAGUAAAAAUAAAUUCAGUCAGUCUUGGUACCUUUCAUUGGGCGGUGGGGGUAGGAAGCUGCAGGAGAGGAUUCCUCUCCACCUUCUCUUGGCUAAAUAUGAUAUGCAUUUAAGGUCCAGAACAUGCUGUUUAAAAGGUUGUAGUAAAUUGUUUUGUAUGCCAAAGACUUCUCUGUAAUAAAAUGUAUGUAUGCAUACAUAUUUUAAAUCA